ACAACGUUUACAAAUGGAGAGUUGUAUUGUUUAUUGUAGGUAGUGUAUAAACGGUAUUUUCACAUAAUUAUUUGCAUUUCAAGGGGAACUUGUAAUACUCAACUACUGCAAAGGUUGUUAGGAUGUCAUCAAUGAACCAGAACUUGAAAGAAUGUGGAUGGUUUUACCAUGCACCAGUCAAGCGACAAGAGUCUGCAGAGCCAGUCCCAGUUCCCAUGACAUCUCAGAUUCCUGGACUGAACCCGGUUGACCCCGAUGAAUUUAAUGACAAACCAAGAGAAAUGGUGUUCAGAGACACGGAUACCAAAUACAUAAGACUCGCCAAAGAAGGAGGUCGUAAGGAUCUUUUAGCCUUCAGAGAGGUGAAGCCAAAGAGUAAAGAAGCCAAAGGCUACCCACGAGUCGACUGGUACUACUUGGAGGAUAACCGACGUGAAGACGAAGAAGCAUCGAAGGGGCAGGACAAAUUAAACUGGCAGUUCCUCCUGCCAGAGUACAUGGUGCAUGACAGUUAUCAACCAGGUGGCGAUCAGACUCCAGAAUCGUCGAGCACUUGCAAGAAGAGAGUUCCGUUUGCCCAGGACAACAUGUCGGUGUUUACGCGUGACCCAGUGUCGGCCACUGACAAGACCGUGAAGAUCGACAACGCACGACCUCCUGGCUACGGCGUUCGGAACUGCAAACCUGUACGCACCAAGUGCAAUCCAGCAGAAAACAAGAAAAGAAAUGAUAUGAACAAUUCAAACACAUCAAACAAAGUGAAAGAAGUGAGUGAGAAACAUCAAGCGGACAUGAACAAACUUCUGUCAUACGCGUAUGAGAAGGAGUGGCAUCAGUCGCACAAAGACACAAAAGACAAAGACAAGACGUCCACGAGGAAAGACCAAAAAACUGAUGGAAAAGAUGAUAAAACGGUGACAAACAGGGGUUCAGCACAAAACAGGGGUUCAGCACAAAAAAAGAAAACUAAUGAAGAAAAAGAAUUAUUUAAACUUUCAAGGUUCAAGAAUAUCCCAGCGAAAAUCGAUACCCACCAACCACCAAAGGAAACUGUGACAGUUUCAAAUUAGAUGUUGUUUUUCAUUGCAUGAUGUUUUGUCAGUAUUCCAUUAUUCCGUCCAUUUUUACGUGCUGUCAUUCCAUUUGUGAAAAACACAGAUUAAGGCAGGAAAUAUUGUUUAUCGUAGGUGUGUACAAGAACGACUAUAUUGUAAUGUGUUACAAAGACAAUUGAAGAAUUUGUUGUUUCUUUUACAUCAAUGUCACCUAUUAAUUUUUCAUCCUCAUGUGAAAUACCAUGCGUAUAUUCAAAACUUUAUUCUGGUGCAGAUAAUCGGUUCCUAAACAUUCCAAAUGAGUGAGAACGUCAGUGUCGGAUCCAGAGAAUCCAUUUAGGGGGGCCUCAAGGACAUGAGGCAGAAUGCCAAUGGAACUUGAGGGGAUCAUAAAAAAAUGAAAAUUAAUAUAUAAUAGAUCCACCUCUGAACGUGUUCCUGUUCCCAAAUCCCACACUACAUGUACCUUGCUUUGUGAUGUGACAACAAUGGAUUCUUAGCUGUUCACAAAUGCAGUUUCAAAUAUAUGGCAUGUUUCAACUUUUUCUUCUUCUUUUUUUGUCUUUGUAGCACAUUAUGAUAUAGUUACUGAUAAUGUAUUUUUGUGUGUGUGUGUCCUGUGCCUACAAUUGACCCUAUCUGUAUCAGACUGAUUAAUGACAGGGCUCGAACUUAAAAAUUUGUCUCCAAAAGCAAUUUUUUUAAGAAUUGCCAUGGCUGGAACGGCCCACCGACAGCAAUUUUGAGCCUGCCUAUGGCAAGAUUUUGUUAAAGUAACAUUUGCAGUAAAUACACAUGACUGAAAGGUUAUUUUGUUGUAUGUAGACACUUCAAACGAACAACUGUUAAAUACUGGCAGAUAAUGUACACCAGGUGUAUACAUUUUGCCAUUGUUGAAGAGCUUUACCGAUGACACAAAAGUGCCGUUGGUGAUGCUGUCUACCUACGGCAAUUUUUAUCGGUUCCGUCAUGAAGUUCAAGCCCUGCAUUUAUACAUUUUGCCGUCUGUGAGGAGCUUUACUGAUCGCAGUAAUUUUUAUCCGGCAAUUGUCAUUGUUGCUGCCGUUAAGUUCGAGCCCUGUAAUGAUGAUAUGAUGGUAUGUAAUAUAAACACAACUGAAGACAUACAUAUUUUCUUAGUUCUACGUGGAUCUAAUUUAAAAACAAAUUUUAAAAAUAAGAUAAAAACAACCGGGUCCAAUUUCACAAAAUAAGCCAACUUUGGCAAGUAAACGUAAAGCUACAACUAAACUACAAUUCCUAUACUAUAUAUAUAUAUAUACACAUAUUUAAUUUUCUUUUGUCCUUAAAAUGCUUCAUCUUCCAUAAUGAUGUAAGUUGCUGCUUGAAAUAGAUGCCAAACACGUGUAAACAUAUGAUGAGUAUAACUGCUAGUCGCAGAUGUAAACUUACGAUGUUUUGUGAAAUUGACUCCAGAGACCCAGUUUAAACCCUCAGUAAUCCAUUCCUGGCUCUGUCAGAUCCUGUACAUGUCAUCCAAGAACCAGUUUAGAUUCUCAAAGGCUACAGAAAUCAAGUUUAGACCUCCCUCUCCAGUUCUGACCUUCAGAGAGUCGGAUUCUCAUAGACCUGCAGGCCCAUGAUUAUAAAACAUAGAGUAGACUCAAAUCUCUCAAUAACAUCACAUGCAUACAAUUUGUAUUUGUGUUGUCUCAGACUCUAUGAUAGUCUUGAGUCUACUCUAAAUAUUUUAUAAGCACAGGACUGGGGCCCAUGCUUAUAAAACUUUUAUAGAGUCCAGACUCGAUCUCUAAUGAUGUCGCACGCAUACAAUUUGUAUGGCAUUGUUGAGACGUCCAGAGAUCACAUACAUGUAUUCUAUUUAGACCUUUACAAAUACAAUUUGUGUCUCGGAUCCAGUUUAUACCAUCAGAGAUCCAGUUUAGAACCCCAAAGUUCCAAUGUAUACCCAAAGAUAUUAAAGCCCAUUGUAGAUCCCCAAUGUAUUUUUUUCUCUUUUUUUUGAACAUGUUAUGCAAUGAAGUUUUAAACUUAAAUAGCAGAUUGUAGCUUCUUCUUUUUUUUGCAUUCCUGUGUUUCAUUACCCAUUAUUAAAAACUGAAAGCUAUCUGAGAAGUUUAAUUUUUCACAGUAUGUAGUUUUAAAACAUUUUACUUUGUAAAGCAGUAUUAUUUUUUUGUGAUUACUCCAACAGAUAUUCUCUGCCAUCAGCUAUAUUGUAGCUUGUUUUUGUUUUUUUACCAUUGUGGUGAAAAAACAAAAUGCCAAAAUAUAAAAUGAAGUGGUUUAAAGAGACAAUGCCAAAAUAUGUAAUAGAUUUAUUCAUUCUGCAGCUUUAUGUACAUUUAUUGUCUAAAAAUUUAAACUGAAGUAUUUACUUAAUGUCAGGUCACAGGCUAGCUCUAUAUAUUUUUAUAAGAUGGUUUUAGUGGUUUGUUAACAGGAAGCAGUGAUGGGAUAUAUAUUUUUUCUUUUUUGUAGACGUGGCACAAAAGCAAAAUGUCACCUGUAAACAAUUUGUUAAAUUUGUACAUGAGUACAUGUAUGUAUUGUUUGUUGCAUGAUAAGUUAAAUUUUGUAAACAUGUACAUGUAUACAUAUUUAUGUUAUGUUAUUUUUUGUUGUUAUUGUUCUCUUAUCCUAAGCCAUUUUCAUUUUUAGCUUUUCUUUUUGCUUGCUGUUAGCAUUUAGUGCAAGCACAUGAUUUUUAAAAAAUAUUUAUAUCAAAAUGAUUUUAAUCAAUUUUAAUGCAGGUGCCACAAAUGUCUGAAUGCAAUAUGGUACAAAGCAUUAAUUUAAUACUGGUAUUUAGGAAAACACUUUUUCUGCUAUCAAUCUUGAGUUUGUUACCUUUACGUUUUUUUAUUUAAUUUUUUAUUUACAGCUUUUAAUAAAAUAAUAAUUUUAAGCAGGCUAUAAACAUGAAAAUUUGAAUACAUAAUUAUAUGUA